UCUCCCCCCUCUUUCCACCGAUCUUUUUUCCCUCACCCUCUUCCUUCUUCUUUCUCCUAGGUUGUCCUGGUUGUUCCUCUCGAGCUCAUUUUGUUUACUUCGCUUUUCGCCUUCGCACAGUUCGGCUAUUCUUUGGUUCGGUUCGGUUGUGUUUUCUUCUUCUACUCCUCUUCAUCUCAUCUCCGCUGCACACACGCUCCUUUUGUUUGUAAGGCCGGUGUUGGUUUAUUUAGAACUUUUUCUGUGUUUGUGCUUGUGUGCUGAGGCAAUUCCAAUUGUUUAGAACUCCUGCAUGGAACAAGCGUGAGGGAACCUGUUCCUGCGUGUACAGCCGGAGCCACGGUGUCCCGAUUAUCUGGUUCAGCUCACAACGCUUUAUAAACGUGAUACUUCCAACAUGGACAGCGCCAAACGACCUAAGCUACUUGUAUCGAUUAAAAAUGGAGAAUACAAAUUGCUCCCGUUAAACAAUAAUAAUUCAAUAAACAACACCACACCUACCAAAAUGCUUCAUCCGAAAUUAUUGAAUGAGCUUUCAUCGUUAUCGUCAGUGUCUAUCCAUACUGGAAGUCAAAACAUGGCUCGCGAGAAUGCUUCAUCGUCAAAACAAACUGUAUCAAGCGAUAAACGCAAGCCGGUUUCUCGUACGAAUAAUGCAAUGGUAGACAAUGUACCGUCCACAUCGAUGGUAGUUCGUUCUUCUUUGGAUCACUUCUCGUUUAUGGAAACAACUGCAUCAACUUCGGGUGCUUGUCAACGAAAACCUAAACCCCUUUCAUCUACUGCUUCAAUGGCAACGCAAACGGAUUUUUCUAGUGGACAGAACGUGGGAUUAGAUGCCAUACUAGAAAAAUUAGACACCAUGCAGAGGGAGCAACAAAGACAGGCAGACAUGUAUCAUAAGAAAAUGCUGGAUAUGGAGAAGCAGCAGAAAUUAAUACGAGCACAGUUAGAUAUUUUAUCCGACAAAUUGAUUCCACGGCCAGGAUUUGUUGCGGAAUCGUCGUUUGAAUGGGAAACGGUGGGGACCAGGGAAGAACUAGAUCGACUGGAGGAAAAAUUGGGGGAACCAGAGUUCAAAAAAAAAAUUAUGGAAUUUUUAGAUACAAAGCUGCCGACCGACAGUUCAGAAGCUAGACUGCAUGAUAGCAUGGACAUUAUAUUCAAAAAGGGUUUUGUAACACAAGCCAACUGGACAGGAUUAGGGCCAGAUAAAGUUUGUUUUUCAAAUUAUGAAAGGGUUAUUCAGAUUUUUAAAUUUAUAGCAACAUGUCAUGGAGUUUCACCCACGGACCAAAGAAUCAAAACAUUUUUCCAAAAUAAGUUUAAACAUUCAAAACAAAGACUUAGCAUGGUGGGAAAAGUUAAAACUGUACCUCAUAGACGCAAAGUUUAGUUUAAUUUAUGUUUAAUUACUACUGUAAUCCUCAGUUUAGCUUCAAGCAGAUAGCAGAAUUAAUGGCUUUUUGUAAAAUUAAAGCUUUUACCCAGUUGCGUAUCAUGUUCCUAUUAUAGAAAUGUUAAAGAAUUCAAAGAAAUGUUAUUAUUUUUUAUGAUAUAAAAAACGAAUUAAAAUGUACGUUCAACAAAUAUUUAUUACUUAUUUCAUAUUACUAAUGUGUGAAUUAAAGGAACGAAAUCGAAUGCAUCUUCUUGAGCAAGAGGUGCCGCAACUAAUUUACAUUUUAUAUCGCUGAUUCCUAGUCUAAAAAAACUUUCUUCUAAAUCAUUAGUACUAGCUCGGUGAAUAUUUAUCAUUUUAGAAUCGUAAGGAUAACUGAAACUACUAGACGAGUAAAUGAUCUUUUUUGCUGAUAUUUCUAUUACUCCGUCUUGCAUGAUUGCUGUACCGAAUUGACAAAUAUAUCCUGAUUUUGUCAAAAACCA